AUGGGUGAUCUUAAAGUGUGUUCGGCGAGGCACAACGGCGUCGUUUUAUGUGGCGAAGAUCGACUCUACUCGUCGUCGUCGCCGCCGACGCCAUUGCCGGCGUCGAACCCUGAUCCUUGUUCCAUUGGGUCGGAGUCUUGGGCCAGUGCCGAGCGAACCGCUCAGGAGAUAGUGUGGAGAAUUCAGCCCACUUUGGCUACCGACCAUAAGAGGAAGGAGGUCAUUAAAUAUGUGCAACGUCUCAUUAGGAAACGUGUGAGAUGUGAGAAUAUAACUACAGGGGAGCAAGUAACACUGGAGGAUUGUUGCUCCAUUUCAUUGAAGUUCUUACAAGUUGAGUUUCCAGAUUUGUGCUUAUUUUUACAGGUCUUCCCAUAUGGAUCAGUUCCACUAAAAACAUAUCUUCCUGAUGGAGAUAUUGAUUUGACUACCCUUAGUUGUCCAAGUGUUGAGGAUACCUGGGUAUCUGAUGUUCAUGCUGUUCUGAGGGAAGAAGAACAUAAUGAAGCUGCUCGGUUUGAAGUGAAGGAUAUCCAUUGCAUUGAUGCUGAGGUUAAGCUUGUGAAAUGCAUUGUACAGAAUAUCGUGGUAGAUAUAUCGUUCAAUCAGUUAGGAGGACUUUGUACGCUUUGUUUUCUUGAACAGGUUGAUCGCCUUGUUGGUAAAGAUCAUCUCUUUAAGCGCAGCAUUAUUCUGAUAAAAGCUUGGUGCUAUUAUGAAAGUCGUAUUCUUGGUGCCCAUCAUGGUUUGCUUUCAACCUAUGCUUUGGAGACAUUGGUCCUUUAUAUUUUCCAUCAAUUUCAUUCUUCCCUAAAUGCACCUUUAGCAGUUCUUUACAGAUUUUUAGAGUACUUCAGCAGAUUUGAUUGGGAAAGUUAUUGUAUUAGUUUAAGUGGACCAGUUUGUAAAUCUUCUCUACCUGAUAUUGUAGCUGAGGUACAAGAAAAUGGGGGAGAUGAUCUAUUGCUAAGUGAAGAAUUUCUCAGAAACUGUGCCGAGAUGUUCUCAGUGUCCCCAAAGGGGUCUGAGACGAAUUCACGAGCAUUCACCCAGAAGCAUCUUAACAUUAUUGAUCCACUUAAAGAAAACAACAACCUUGGGCGUAGUGUCAAUAGAGGUAAUUUCUAUCGAAUACGUAGUGCUUUUAGAUAUGGGGCUCGCAAGCUUGGCUGGAUUCUGAUGUUACCGGGAGAAAGAAUAGCAAAUGAGCUCAACAAGUUCUUUUCAAAUACUUUGGAUAGGCAUCAAAGCAAUUGUUGGACUGACAUAGGUUCUGACUUUUCAUCCUUAAAAUUGCACCCUGUACUAUGCUCUGAAGACAAGGUGUUUCUAAAAUCCGGUUUUGGUUUCCAUGAUGAUAAGAUAUCAGGCAUUGAAGUCACAUCUGGAAUUAUAAAUGGACCAGAAAGACACUUACAGAAAGUGGUUUCCUCUGAGCUGGUCCCAGAAUUGGACCACCCUGUGGAGCGAAAUGCUCUUUGUAAAUAUCGUUUUGCUGGGGAUGCUAAGCAGCUUGCAUCUUCUGGAACUGUGGAUAUAAGAAGUACAAAUGACUCACACAAUUGUUUGUCUCCAGAUAGCACCUUGGGUUCUUUGGUUUUGGGGAACAUUUAUCAUGCUAGUCAUUUUAAUAAUUCACAAUUGUCCAGAAAGAAUGAGAAGAUUGAAAAUCGGAAUCCAUGUCUGAACAUGCCUCAAAAUUCUGACGUCAACGAUGAGAAGAUUGAAAAUCGGAAUCCUUGUCAAAACAUGCCUCUGAAUUCUGUCACCAACGAUGAGAUGGGCUCUGCCUUAUGUCCUGAAGUCAAAGAGAAGUUAGGGGGUAGAAAUUCGGUUUGCUCAUGUAUUAAUCAUGAAGGUAUGUCAUCUACAUGUUCAGUCAUUUCCAGCUCUGUUGCUAAUAUCUCCUGUUGUAAUGGAGAGAGAUAUAUUGUUCGAGUUUCUGGAAGCUCAGAAGCUUUAAAAUGCCUUCUGGACCUUAGUGGGGAUUAUGAUAGUCACCUAAGGAAUCUGCAAUAUGGUCAGCUUUGCCAUGGGUAUGCUGUAUCUCCAUUGCCCUGUCCUCCAGUGUCGCCUCAGUUACAGAUUAUGAAUCCACGGGAAACCAUUUGUGACCCCUUACAGAUCAAGAAGAAUGUUCACUCUCAGAUGAGCAAAAAUGGUGUUGCUUUAGGAACACGAUUUUACGAUGUAAGUCAUCCCACUUCAUCCUGUGCUGCUUAUGGUUUAGAAGAAAAGAAAAACCCACGAGGAACAGGGACAUUUUUGCCAAAACUGAAUUGCCGUUCAUAUAAAGUCAGGCCCGUUUCAGAAAAAGGAAGGAAUCAUGCAGUAGAGGCUCACGGUCAGUUGCAGAGACACACUUAUAACAAUGGAUUGGCUCCAGCUCCACGAGAGGUGAACUCAUCUGAUGAAGGCUGCCAUGAGCUCUCGCAUGAUGAGUUCCCAGUUCUAGUCCGUGGGAAGUCUGGAUCGUCAGAUUCUCACCAACCUCCUCAUCUUUCCAAAUGGGGUUCUUUCCAUGCAAAUGGCUUCUCUCACCCAUCUGAGAAAUUUGAAUCUGUGUCUCUUUGCCCCCAGCCUUGGGGAGCACCCUUGCCGGAACGGAGCAGUCAGCCAGAGUUGGAAACUUCACAACCUUUGGUCUCUGCUUCAAGCUCUGUAGCACCUGUACUGCAGAGUCCUAAACCAUUACUGGGAAAUAAUGAAGAAAGGGUUGAAGUUCAGUUUUAUCAUUUGAAAGAUGAAGAUGAAUUCCCCCCACUCUCCCACUGACUGCAUUGGACCUGAAAAACCAAAACAAAUAUAAUAUCGACUCUCUCUCAAUACAUUCAUGAAUGGAGAUGAAAGCACAGUCAACACAUAUAUGAAUGAAUAUGGCAGGACAGUC